AGAAUGCUUUUUUUAGUAAUUCGACCUAAUACAGGGAAUCAAGUGCAAUAAAAAGAAGUUUUCUGGAAAAAAAGAGUCUGAAAUCUCUGCCAGCUACCACCACUUUUUUUCAUCUAAAAAUCGCCGGAGUUGCUGUCGAAUACCAGUAUACCGCCGUCCUUCUCUCUAAAAAUCUCCGGCGCUUUUCCGUUUUUCUCGGGUGGAGCGGUUCCGUAUUAAUUUCCAGGAUCCAAACUCCAUGGACAGAAUAUCCGAUUUGCCAAAAGACAUCUUGCAGAGAAUUCUGUAUCUUCUCUCUCAAGAAGAUGCUGUCCGAACCUCUGUAUUGUCCAAAUCAUGGCGCUACAUUUGGUGCACUCGCCCCAAUCUCGAUUUCUCAGACAGCAACUUCAAAGGUAACAACCAACAAUUUCUAUCCACUGUGGGCAAUACUCUGCAGCUGUACUCUGAUCAAAGGUUGUGCUUGGAUGAAUUUCGCCUUUCGAUAUUGCUGGUAGAUCACGAAUGGGUUUCGCUUCUCGAGAAAUGGAUCCCGUUACUCGCGGAUAUGGGCGUAAAGGACUUCCGCCUUUCAAUCCCUUCCGAUUACAGCAAUCGGGAAUUCAUCGAUUUGCCGGUUGUGGUGUUCAAAGCCGAAUCGCUCAAGAGUUUGCAUCUGUAUAGAUUUAAUUUGGGGAAGAAUAUUCCCGAGAAUAUACUCUUUGUGCGUCUGCAAGUACUCCAGCUCUCGCACGUCGUGUUGCACGAGAGAGGGGUUUUCGACAAGAUAAUGUCGAGCUGCCCUUUGCUUACGGAUCUGUGGUUACAAGAGUGUAAGGGGCUGGAAACUGUGAAGCUGGAGAAGAAGCUUCACAAAUAUCUCAAGCACUUCACUUUCAUUAACCGAACGAAUCACGCAGGAUGCAGUAUCGAAAUCGACGUCCCGACUCUUGUAACAAUCAGGAUAAUCGGCUGCAAGAUUCGGUUUAACUGCCGUGAGUUCAGUAAUCUAAAGAUUAUAACUCUACGGGGUGUGGAAAUCGUACAAUCUCAGUUGUGUAUCGAUGCCCCCAACAUUUUAUAUUUCCAAUAUUCGGGAUCUUUAAUUCCGUCGAUAUCUUUCGCGUCAGCUUCCAUGGUGUCAAAUUUAAGUCUGUAUAUUCGGGAUGAUGAUGUAGAAGAAGAUGCUCGGUCGUGGUUCCUCGGACUAAGUAAACUGCUCCAUGGUUUACGUCGGUCCGAAAUUUCGUUGAGUAUUUUUCAAUUCGCCACGAACAAUGUGCACGUCGUUGAAGACGAGAUUCUAGUACAGGAUAUUAUUAAUGGUGGUAAUAAACCCGUUGUGGUGUUGUGUUUGGAAUUGGAUAUCGGUCAUUUAUCUUCGUUUUCGUCUUUUUUAAAUGGAUUGUUUUGUAUCUGUCGCCCGAGCUACUUAAUCCCGCGGUGGGUGCAUGGACCUUGGAGCAAAGAAAGGAAGGCGAAGGAACUCGAUGAGUUUUUCUGCAAGAUCCAAAAGAUGAAGGAAAGUGGAAACGAAGAAAUCCGGCGAUAUUUGGAGGAUUUAACCAUUGAAGGAUUUGAUAAGGAGUUUCGGGUUCGGUUGCAAUGGAGGGAUCGAGAUUGUGAGUGCAAUUCUAAGCUUUCAGAAUCAUAGACGACAAAUCUUUUUUUGCGAUAUACACAGUUUGUUUCUUUUUUCUGUCUAUUUAUUGAUUUUGAGACAAAUUUUGCUGGCUUGUUGUGUCGUUCGUUUGUUUACGAGACGAGAGUUCACUUUACAGUUCGCAUGUCGUUUCUGAUUUAUUCUUUA